AUGGAUACAAUCAAUUAUUAUCCAUCCGAUACCACAAUUGGUGGUCUUCUGUUUAGUAAUUACAUAUCUGAAGAAAUUCAUCGUUUAAGUGUAAAAGAAUUAACAUCAUCGCAAGCAAUUGAUCGUCUCGGUGCAUCAGUAUUCGGUGGUUCAUAUGAUUUAGCAUUAGGACCAUUUGAUAAAAAUGAUCGUUGUUUUACUUGUGGUCAAGGAUUUGUUGCUUGUCCAGGACAUCUUGGACAUAUAUCUCUCGUUUUACCUCUUUACAACCCAGUUUUCUUUCGAAAUCUUGUUCAUGUUCUGCGUGGUUGUUGUCUUUAUUAUCAUACAAUUCAAUGUUCAAAUGCAGAAAAAUAUUUAUUUAGUAUGCAAAUGCUUUAUUUAAAACAUAGUCAAACUAAUGAAAUAGAUAAUUUGCAAUCCAUUUAUAAAACAUGGGUAUUAGAAAGAAAAUCUUUAGAUACAUUUUAUGAACAGAUCAACGAACAUAUGAAAUUAAAUCCACCAUCAUCAACUAAAAUAGAAUCAACAACAAAAAAUUGA